AUGGAUGACCACGGCGACUUCGACAGUGUUUCGUGGCAGCGGGAGGAUACGCAACAGGCGGAAUCGUCUGCGCCGUUUCAGGCCAAUCUGCCAACUAGACCUGGCGAUGGCCGGAGAAGCGAUAGCAUGAGCAGCGAACCGCAGGCUGGCGAGCAUGCCGACAAUGUCGAUCUGGCGGGAAUCGGUCGAGACGGGAUUCUGGAAGUCACGGUGGACAGUCCGCUGAAAGAGAACGAUGGUACAAAAGACGCAUAUGUCUCAUACCUCGUCACCACACAUACCGACUUCAAAACAUUCCAGAAAACCGACUUCUCUGUAAGACGGCGGUUCACCGACUUUGUGUUCCUGCGGCAGACGCUACAUCGAGACUAUCCAGCAUGUGCAGUGCCUCCACUGCCGGAAAAGAACAACAUGGCGUAUGUGAGGGGAGACCGGUUUAGCACAGAAUUCACACAACGCCGAGCAUGCUCAUUACAUCGGUUUCUGAAGCGAUGUACUCUACAUCCGGUUUUGCGCCGGGCUCCAAUACUAUUACUGUUCCUCGAAACGACCGACUGGAACUCGCAAAUGCGGCUCAGACCAUCCAGGGGUACGGUGAGCGGAGAAGGCAGCGGCAAUACGGCCGCACCGACUGGUUUCUUCGAUAAUGUCGCAGACACCAUGCUCAACGCCUUCUCCAAAGUCCACAAGCCGGACAAGAGGUUCAUCGAAGUCACGGAGAGAGCAAACAAGCUCGACGAGGAUUUGUCACAUGUGGAAAAGAUCGUUGCAAGAGUGGUUCGGAGAGAAGGCGACCUGGAGCUGGAUUAUGCCGACUUGGCCACCAACAUGCGCAAACUCACUCCUCUCGAGCCUGCCAUUGAAGCUCCCAUCCAAACCUUCGCCGGCUGCGUCGAAGAGACAUCCCGAGGCUGGAAGGGUCUCAAGGACCACACCGACCAGAAUUACCUGGGUAGUCUGCGCGACAUGGAAGCCUAUAUCAACUCUGUGAAAUCAUUGCUCAAGACCCGGGAGCAGAAACAACUCGACUUCGAGGGGCUCACCGAAUAUUUGCAGAAAGCGACUGCGGAGCGCGACAUGCUUGCAUCCAACAAUCCGUACUCGCACGGGUCCCAUCUCAAUCCGGCAACUUUCAUCCGGAACAAGGUGGAGGACAUGCGAGGCGUCGACCACGAAACGGCCCGCAAGGACCGGGCGCGCAAGCUGGAACUCAAAAUCGCCGAGCUCAAUCGUGAGGUCGAGAGUGCCAAAUCCACCAGCGAGAUGUUCGACGAGCAGGUGGUGCGCGAGGUCGCGGAUUUCGAGAGGAUCAAAGGCCUGGAGUUUAGGGAUACCCUCGGUGCGUUGGCCACGCAACAUAUCGACUUUUACCAGAAUGUCAUUUCCACUUGGGAACGGUUCCUGGUCGACAUGGAUCUGGAUGCCGACAAACAUUUGCACAAGGACAAGGGGAAGGCAGAGACUUGA